UUUUACAGAAAACAAUUUUAAUUUCGGGUAUAUUAAAAUGAUGCAUAGAAAUAAGCAAUUUUUAUUGCUUGUUUUACAAUGGAUGCUUUUAUAUAAAUUAUUAAAACGAAAAAAAAAACAAAUUAGAUGGUAUAAAAGAAGAUGGUACGUGCGACCAAUAAACCAACUGAUCGAGAUACAAAUACGGAGCUUAUGAGACACUUUUCCAAGAUUUAAAAAAUGAUGAAAAUUUAUUUUUUUGUUAUACGAGAAUGAAUUUAUGUUUAUUUAACAAAUUACUUCAAUUAACUGAACCUCAUUUAACAAAAAAUAGCUAUCGAGCAUUUCCUGCAGAACAAAGAUUGAUAAUAGUAUUAAGAUAUCUUGCCACUGGAGAUCUUCCUUUGUCUAUCGCUCUAUCAUUUCGAAUUGGUGAAUCAACAGUGCGUAUGUUAAUUACAGAAGUAUGUCAGAUAUUAAUAAAUGUAUCACAACCACUGUAUCUAUCACAACCAAGUGAAGAAGAAUGGAAGUCGUAUGCUGAAGGAUUUUGGAAGAGGUGGAAUGUGCCAAAUUGUGUAGGGGCAGUAGACGGAAAACACAUUACCUUGCAAUGUCCCCCUAAUUCGGGAAGUCUUUUUUAUAAUUACAAAAAAUAUUAUAGUAUUGUUUUGAUGGCAGUGGCAAACCAUGUAUAUAGAUUUACGUUAGUUGAUGUUGGUGCAUACGGUGGUAACAGCGAUGGCGGAAUUUUUAACGAUUCAUUAAUUGGAGAAAAUUUGAAAAAUGAAAAUUUAAAUCUACCAAAGGGAACGUUCAAAUUACCUGGAAGUCAGAUCUGUACACCAACUUUUUUAUUGGCAGACGAUGCUUUUGCAUUAAAUACGAGAAUUAUGAAGCCAUAUACCGGAAGAAACUUAAAUGAAGAACAAAAAAUAUGCAAUUAUAGAUUUUCUCGGGCUAGGCGAACAGUCGAAAGCGCAUUUGGAAUAUUUUCCAAUAGAUGGAGAAUAUUUCGACAAUCCAUUUGUAUGCUGCCAAAAACAGCCGAUUUGAUGACAACAGCAUCGCUUUGCUUACAUAAUUUUGUAAUGGUUGAAGAAGAACGCUGUAAACUAAAGUUAUAUAGCACAACUGAAUUUCUUGAAAACGAUACAAAUAAUCAGGAAAUGCAGUGGUUGUCUUCAUCGGAAAACUUAUGUUAUAAUGAAACCGUAUCUUCUGCUUCGAAACAAAGAGACACAUUGUGUAAAUAUUUUAUAUCACCUGAAGGAGAAGUACCGUGGCAAUACGAUUACGUGCAAAGAGGAACAUAUGGUGAAAAUAUUUAAUAAUAUUAUAAAAAUAAUGGUUUUUAUACACAUACAUUUAAUUUUUAGUUAUUUAUUUAAUCUUAUUCUUUCUAAUAAAAUGUUAAUAUGAAAAAAGAAUGUGUUCAAGAAUUAUAUAGCUUGAUAUUUUUUAGCACUUUUUUGACAACAUAAUUUCUAAACUGAGCUCUACUUAAGUAAAAAAAUGAAUAAGAUAAAGUUAGAAUCUUUAUAUAUAUAUAUAUAAAGAUAUAUAUAUAUAUAUAAUUAGAGUUUGACAAUAAUGUCGUACCGAUUUUGCAUGUUGUUAUAUGUAAAGUUUAUAUACCAAUUAUCUCCUUACUGCUAGAUCAAUUAAUAUUAAUAUCUACAACCUAAUUUACUUUAUUUACUGAAAGUUUAUACAUUGCAGCAAUUAAGAAAAGGUUUCUUUAUAGUGAAAUGUUACAAGCAAAAUAUUAAUGCACAUAG